AUGACGAUUCUGCGAUUAAUCACGAUAGCGCUGGUGACAGGGCAUGUAGGGGGAGAGACCAGGAUCAUCAAGGGGUACGAAUGCCCUCCUCAUUCCCAGCCCUGGCAGGUGGCACUGUUUCAGAAGACCCGACUGCUCUGUGGGGCAACUCUCAUCGCUCCCAAAUGGCUCGUGACAGCAGCCCACUGCCGCAAGCCGUGGGUCUCCCCCCUUCUCCCAUCUCAUGUUUCUCCCUACCUUUUCAUCUCUGACUGUCAUCUCUCCCACCUCAGCCAAUACAUAGUACACCUAGGGGAACACAACCUCCAGCAUCAGGAUGGCUGUGAGCAGACUCGAACAGCCACGGAGUCCUUCCCUCAUCCAGAGUACAACAACAGCCUACCCAACAAAGACCACCGCAAUGACAUCAUGCUGGUGAAAAUGGCGGCACCUGCUGUCAUCACCCGGGCUGUGCGACCCCUCGCUCUACCAUCACACUGCGUCACCGCUGGCACUCGCUGCCUCAUUUCUGGCUGGGGCACCACAUCCAGCCCCCAGUUGCACCUGCCCCACACUUUGCGAUGUGCCAACAUCACCAUCAUUGAGCAUUCGGAGUGUGAGGAUGCCUAUCCCGGCAACAUCACAGACACUAUGGUGUGUGCCAGCGUUCGAGAAGAGGGCAAAGACUCUUGCCAGGGUGACUCUGGAGGACCUCUGGUCUGUAAUGGUUCUCUUCAAGGCAUUAUCUCUUGGGGCCAGGAUCCAUGUGCUGUGUCCAAAAAGCCUGGUGUCUACACAAAAGUCUGCAAAUAUGUGGACUGGAUCCAGAAGACCAUGAAAAGCAAUUAG